AAAUUUUAAAAUGCCGGAGUCAGCGAAAUCCGUUCCUGCUCCGAAGAAGGGCUCUAAGAAGGCGGUGACCAAAGCCCAGAAGAAAGAUGGCAAGAAGCGCAAGCGCAGCCGCAAGGAGAGUUAUUCCGUGUACGUGUACAAGGUACUGAAACAGGUCCACCCGGACACUGGCAUCUCAUCCAAGGCCAUGGGCAUCAUGAACUCUUUCGUCAACGAUAUCUUUGAGCGCAUCGCGGGCGAGGCGUCGCGCUUGGCGCAUUAUAACAAGCGCUCGACCAUCACGUCCAGAGAGAUCCAGACGGCCGUGCGCCUGCUGCUGCCCGGGGAGCUGGCCAAGCACGCCGUGUCCGAGGGCACCAAGGCUGUCACCAAGUACACCAGCUCCAAGUAAAACUUGCCAAGAGGAGCAAAUGGGCUUUAGAAAUGUAUUUUCCCACCCCUGGUCACUGCUGGACACUGUUGCACCUCACAAAUAAGUCAAUGAAAAUGACU